UGGGUGGUGAACAAUUAUUAAUUGAGCCUUGAGUUGGGUCAUAAAAAUGGAUAGCAAAGUUAUCAAGGAUAUUCUCUCUUCUGAUGAAGAGCUGGUAAAGAAAGGACUAACAGAAAUUCUCCUCUCAGAUGGGGCUGUUAAUGGCAUUGAUGAAGAGAAUGCUGAAGAACUUGGAGCCUUUUAUAAGGAGCUAUGCCAGGCAUUAAUGACUAUCGUUGCCUCUCAUUCUAACUUGAUUUGUAGCAUCUGUGAAACUGUUGCUCUACUAGCAAGAACUGCUCAAUUUAAAGAAAUUGCUGCAUCAGCUAAUCUGGCGUCGUUACUUUGUCCUUCUCUAUCCAGUCCUGAUAGAUCAACACAGAUUCAAACUUUACGAGCUAUAGGCAACCUCUGCUUCGAUGAAGAUACAGUUAGAGAGCAAUGUGCCAGUCAGGAUGCACACACAGUCCUCAGUGGUUUGUUAAAGGAGUGUGUAUCAUUGCAAUCCGAUACUGAAGUCAAUAUUAAGUAUAAAUCAGUUUUGUGUGGCUGCACAUUGAAUCUGUGCUGUAGCAAUGAGAAGUUGUCUGGAUUGAUGGUUGGUUUAGGCGUGAUCCAAUCCCUCUCAUUACUAAUAUCUGACGAGAAGAAUGAAGUUGUACUUAAAAUGGCUUUACAAGCCCUUCAUGUCAUAAUAGAAACAGAUAGUUGUACAGUUAGUCAUUUAUGCAGCUCCUCAUUAUCCAGUUCAUUGCAGUACAUAUUAUCACUGCAUUCAACUGGUAUUGAAAAUGAUCUACUGGAGCAAGCACUGGAGCUCAUUGAGACCUCAAUAGAGCCUGAUCAAAGUGAUAGUUCCUGGAACGUUAAAUUGGUGUCUAGUGAUUGCUUUCAUGAGCUGCUUUCUCUGAUUGGGACUGAACUAUCAGAAAAGAUAUUUAAUAUCAUUGUACUACUCAUCACAUCAGAUGAAGCAAUGAAGAUACUGUUUGUUAAUGAAGAGUUAUACAAAAUACUAAAAGAUCAUUUACAUAAUGAAGGACUCUCUCCUAAGGUCCGAGCAGCGGCAAUACUUGUCAUUGCUAACAUGGCAAGAACAGAUAGUAAUUGUGAGGAGUUAGUGAGAAGAGGUUUGCUGGUUGAACUAGCUAGUGUGGUGAAAGGAACUCCUACUGAUGAGUCAUUGACAGUAUGGUUUUCAGUAAUGAGUGCACUGAGGAACUUAUCUCUACCUGCUUCUAGUAAGGAUGCCUUUCUAAAGGAAGGAGUUCUGGACACUGUUGUUAAUGUACUCAAUGCAUCAUCAGAUGCUAAUGUUUUAAUAAAGGCCAUUGGCUGCUUGAGAUUACUGUCCAAGACUGAAGAUGUCUGUGUGCAUCUCAUUGAAACAAAUCCUGUCUUUAGUCGUGUUCAUGCUGUUUCUGAGAUGUUCUCUUUUCCCCAUAUAAAGAUAGAGGCCUCCAGACUCUGUGCUGCUAUAAUCAAGAACAGUCAAUCAGACACUAGAUUGAGGCUUUUGAGUGAAGAAAAGAUUUAUUCUUUAUUAUUGUACCUACUUGAAGCUGAAUAUACCAUAUUGAAGAAUGAAGGACUUAUUGCCUUAACGAUUGCUGCCUCUUUUAACCUAAGUGUUAUGUUGAAAUCAGUGACAAAUGAGGAUACAAUAGAAAAAAAUGUUAACAUUUUAGAGCAAGAAGAGAGUAUAGAGCUAAAGCAGAAUUGUUUAACAUUUCUCAAAGUAUUAUUGGAUCAAUCAAAUGAUUUUGUGCAACUAGUAAAGUCAAGUGAGAAACUUGUAGCACUUUUAAAUCAGCUAUCAAGCUUAGAGAAUGAGACGGUCAAUGAACAAGUUAAAUUAAUUAAAGAAAUUAUUAAAUGUUAGACAGGUAUGCUUUUUAUUAUCAUUAAUUUGUGGCUAUAACAUUUUCAAUUGUUGAUGUAUCUGUUGAAAUUUUUUGAAGUACAA